AACCAUCGAACUACAACCAAAAGCUUACUACAUCAACCAGCUGAAUCCACCAGCACCGCAUUGCAUUCCCUUUGUAUCUCAUUGAAGUAGCAGUAGUAGUCGUAGUAGUCGAAGAAGAAGAGGACAAGAGGGCUCUGUUGUCGUAGAUGAUGAUAGCUUGGUGUCUGCUUGAAAUCGCAGCUCAUUGAGUUUGCAAGGCGGGAGUGCAAGUGUGGCCCAUUGGGAGGGAGGGAGGGAGGGGGAAGUGUCGACGGAAUCCAUCACGAGUAAAAGUGGAUUCAGGUAGAGAAGGGGUAGGAGUAGGAGCGGGGAACUGAAUUGUUGCGUAGGUUGUGUUAGCAGGGUUUGGUUCGGGAAGAGGAGGUUUAGGAGUGGUGUCUUGCGUCGUUUGAGUUGUGUGUUUGCGCGGUAGUUGAUGCGAUUUCUUUUAGCUUGUGAGUGUGGGAGUUGAGUGGAGCGAGCGAGUUUUGUGUGCAGGAAUGCAUUCGCUUCAGGAUAUGGCUUUGGGUGCUUCUCCUUUCGUUGGCUUUGAUGGAUUGAGGGUGAACACCCCUGGGCAGCUGGGGACGCACAUAGCGGUUGGAAGUUGUUCGACUCUGCCCGGCGGCUUCUGCGUUCGGGCUGUGGCUACGCCCGUGAAGCCACCCACGACAUUGCCGCCUAAGCGUAGUAAGGUGGAGAUCAUCAAACAAAACAGCGAUUUCUUGAGGUUCCCUCUGAAGCAGGAGCUUCAAACGGAGGCCCCCAACUUGAAUGAGGAAUCUGUUCAGCUUAUCAAGUUUCACGGUAGUUACCAACAAGAUAACCGGGAACUCCGAGGCCCCGGCAAAAAAGCGUAUCAAUUCAUGCUUAGAACCAAGAACCCCUCAGGCAUCGUCCCCAAUCGCUUGUACCUCGUCAUGGACGAACUCGCUGACAAAUACGGAAUUGGGACUCUGCGUCUCACUACACGGCAGACCUUCCAGCUUCAUGGAGUUCUCAAGGUGGACUUGAAAACCGUCAUGAGCAGCAUCAUUAGGAACUUAGGCUCCACUCUGGGCGCUUGUGGAGACGUCAACCGAAAUGUGCUGGCUCCAGCCGCGCCUUACAAGACGAAGGAGUACAUGAACGCUCAGGAGCUUGCUAGCAAGCUGGCUUCCCUAUUAGCACCCCAGGCGGGAGCUUAUUACGACAUUUGGGUGGAUGGAGAGAAGGUUACGCAAGACGAGCCAGAGGAUGUCACGAUUGCGAGGAAUGACAACUCUCACGGGACCAACUUCGAAAACUCUCCGGAGCCGAUUUACGGUGUACAGUUCUUGCCCCGGAAGUUCAAGAUUGCUGUCACUGUGCCAGGAGAUAAUUCGGUCGAUGUUUUGACCAACGACAUUGGUAUAGUUGUGAUUAGUGACGAGCAAGGAGAAGUCGAAGGUUACAAUCUUUAUGUAGGAGGAGGCAUGGGCCGAACACAUCGCAAUGAAGCGACCUUUCCUCGGUUAGCCGAUCAGUUGGGUUAUGUUUCCAAGGACGAUAUACUGUAUGUAGUGAAGGCUAUUGUAGCCACGCAGCGGGACUACGGUCGUAGGGAUGAUCGCAGAAUGUCCCGUAUGAAAUACGUCGUGGAAGAAUGGGGGAUCGAGAAGUUCCGUACAGUAGUGGAGCAAUAUUUUGGUAAAAAGAUCGAGUCUUUCAAAGAGAUCGUGCCAUUCGAGUUCCAGAGCUACUUGGGGUGGCACAAGCAGGGAGAUGGGCUUCUGUUUUAUGGCCUGCACGUGGAGAAUGGUCGUAUAAAGGGAGAGGCCAAGAAGGCUUUAAGGGAGGUGAUUGAAGAAUACAAUUUGAACGUUCGCAUCACACCUAACCAAAACAUGAUUCUCUGCGACAUUAGGCCUUCUUGGCGACCGAAAAUCGCCAAGAGACUUGCUGCUGUUGGAAUGGUGUCACCAAGAUUCGUGGAUCCAUUAAACGUGACAGCCAUGGCUUGUCCAGCGUUGCCGCUCUGCCCCCUUGCUAUCGCUGAAGCUGAACGAGGAGCGCCAGACAUCCUCAAGAGCAUUCGAAAGUUGUUCGACAAGGUGGGAUUGAAUUCCACAGAGUCCCUGGUGGUUCGCAUUACUGGCUGCCCUAAUGGUUGUGCAAGGCCGUACAUGGCAGAGCUUGGAUUAGUUGGCGAUGGACCCAACAGCUACCAGAUAUGGUUGGGUGGCGCUCCAAAUCAGACCAGAUUAGCGGAGUCAUUUAUGGAAAGGGUGAAGUUGGAUAAGUUGGAGUCAGUUCUGGAGCCGCUUUUGUACAUGUGGAGAACUGAGCGUCGUGAGGAUGAGUCGUUUGGCGACUUUUCUUUCAGACAGGGUUUCGGUGCUUUGAAGAGUUACAUCGAGAACUAUACAGGUCCCCGCAAAUCUCCUCGGAAGGUUGGAAUCCACUUGGAAUCCCAUGUGCAUGACAUUUUAUCAAAAGCAGCUGAAAGCCAGGGUAUUAACCCAACAAAGCUUGCUACAAAAGUUUUUACUGAGUUUCUAGGACAUGAAGAGAGCUAAUGUCAUUUACUAUUAAUUAGUAACUUUUUCUGCAAUUAUUUUGAAGCUCAUGUUUUCUUGCAAACUUUAGUUUCCUUUACUCAGCGAUGCCCACUCUAGAAACUUCAUACCUUGUCCCUUUUUUUCUUUCUACUCCUACACAAAGGCGAGCAAGUGAUCUCUACUGUGCUAAUCACACAGAGCAAAAAUUUCCCUUUUUAUCUCUCAAAAACUAGUUUAAUUGUAAACAUGUUUUUCACAGCGUUUUUCACAGCGUUUUCACAAA